UGUAAGUAGUGUCUGUCUGGAGACAGACUUUUAGAAUCAUCCCUUCAGGAAGGAAUCAUCACAGAAUCUAACAAGAGCCAUGUGGGUUGUCCUGGCCUUGCUGUUAGCCCUCUCCAGUGGCGCUCUGUCACAGGUCAAACUCAACGAGUGUAUGGACGCCAAACACCACAAAAAAGACCCUGGCCCUGAGGGAGAACUUUACCUUCAGUGUGCUCCCUGGAGUGACAAUGCAUGUUGUACUGCCAACACCAGCACAGAAGCGCACGAAGAUAACUCAUACCUGUAUAACUUCAACUGGAAUCACUGCGGGGUCAUGAGCGCCAAAUGCAAGAGCCAUUUCACUCAGGACACUUGCUUCUAUGAGUGCUCACCACACUUGGGACCCUGGAUACAAAAAGUGGACCAGACCUGGCGUAAGGAGCGCAUCCUGGAUGUGCCUCUGUGUAAGGAGGACAGCCACGGAUGGUGGGAAGACUGCAAGAAUGAUUUCACAUGUAAGACUGACUGGCACAAAGGAUGGGACUGGAGCUCAGGUAUUAACAAAUGUCCUGAAGACAGCAAGUGCAGAAAGUGGACCGAAGUUUACCCCACACCCAAGUCCAUGUGCGAGCAAAUCUGGUCCAAUUCCUACCUUUAUACCACCCACUCCAAGACCUCAGGCCGCUGCAUGCAGCUCUGGUUCACAGGGAAAAACCCCAACACGCAGGUAGCUGAGUACUACCUUAACAAUGCACAGCAACACCAAAGCUUUACCUUGACAACCUUACUUCUCCUGGCUCUUGCAUCUUUCUCCGUAUUGAUGUACUAA